AUGCACUUUUGGACUUAUUACCAAGCUGUUUAUUUGAUAUGUAUUUAUGUUGUGGAAGAGGAUAGAUGGUUUAUGCCAGUUAAUUGGGUUUCCUGGAUCAUUCUCUUGGCUAAAAACUGGAUGUCAUGUGUUCUCUUUGAUUCUUAUGCUGCUUGUCAUUGUGUCACUGAAGUCUUGAGCUGCAGUCAUCGAUCAUGUCAUAUGGUGCAUAUCACUGAGAGGACACGUUGCUCUUUAAGGUAUAAGAUAUCAAGAAACCAGUUGGGUGCCUGUUGCUUGAGUUAUGAAUCCCGGGCAAAGAUCAAGUCUUUCAACAACUCAAGCCACCUCUGCUCAAUGACAUGCUUCCAUAAACUGCAAGACAAAGUACUCUGA